UCCACCAACAUGUCUCUGGAAUGGAUUUCACUUCUGCUGUUGCUACAACUGAGUUGUUACUUUAGCCCUGGGAGUGCUGGAAAGGUGCUGGUAUGGCCUACAGAAUACAGCCAUUGGAUCAAUAUGAAGACAAUCCUGGAUGAACUUGUCCAGAGAGGUCAUGAAGUGAGUGUUCUAACAUCUUCAGCUUCGAUUCUCGUUGAUCCCAACAAACCAUCUGCUAUUAAAUUUGAGAUUUAUCCUGCAUCUUAUACAAAACAUGAAUAUGAGGGUAUUUUCAGAAAAAUUAUUGACGAUUUGAUACAUCUGCCAAAAGAACCAGUUUGGGAACAUUUUUCGCUAAUGCAAGGAGUCAUUUGGGAUUACUCUGAUUCUACUCUAAAGCUCUGUAAAGAUGCAGUUUUGAACAAAAAACUUGUAAGAAAAUUACAAGAAUCAAAGUUUGAUCUGGUUCUCGCAGAUGCCGUUGGACCGUGUGGUGAGCUGCUGGCUGAGCUACUGAAAAUACCUUUAAUGUACAGUCUCCGCUUCGUUCCAGGCCAUAAAAUUGAAAAAUAUAGUGGAGGACUUCCAUUCCCUCCAUCCUAUGUACCUGUUGUUAUGUCAGAAUUAAGUGAUCAAAUGACAUUCAUGGAGAGGGUAAAAAAUAUGUUAUAUGUGCUUUAUUUUGAGUUUUGGUUCCAAACAUUUAAUGAGAAGAAGUGGGAUCAAUUUUACAGUGAAGUAUUAGGAAGACGCACUACAUUAAUUGAGUUAAUGAGGAAAGCUGAAAUGUGGCUUGUUCGAAACUAUUGGGACUUUGAAUUUCCUCACCCAGUCUUACCACAUUUUGAAUUUAUUGGAGGAUAUCACUGCAAACCUGCCAAACCCCUGCCUAAGGAAAUAGAAGAGUUUGCCCAGAGCUCUGGAGAAAAUGGUAUUGUGGUAUUUAGUCUGGGGUCAAUGGUCAGCAACAUGACAGAAGAAAGAGCCAAUGUGAUUGCAUCAGCCCUUGCCCAGAUUCCACAAAAGGUUAUAUGGAGAUUUGAUGGCAAGAAACCAGAUACCUUAGGGCCAAAUACUCGGCUCUAUAAGUGGAUCCCCCAGAAUGACCUUCUCGGUCAUCCAAAAACCAAAGCCUUUAUAACUCAUGGUGGAGCCAACGGCAUCUAUGAGGCGAUCUACCACGGGAUUCCUAUGGUGGGCAUUCCUUUGUUUGCGGAUCAACCUGAUAAUGUUGCUCACAUGAAGACCAAGGGAGCAGCUGUUAGAUUGGACUUCAGUUCAAUGUCAAGUACAGAUUUGCUCAAUGCACUGAAGACAGUCAUGCAUGACCCAUCCUAUAAAGAGAAUGCUAUGAAAUUAUCAAGAAUUCAACAUGACCAACCAAUGAAGCCUCUAGAUCGAGCAGUCUUCUGGAUCGAGUUUGUCAUGCGCCACAAAGGAGCCAAACACCUGAGGCCAGCCUCCCAUGACCUCAACUGGUUCCAGUACCACUCUUUGGAUGUGAUUGGGUUCCUGCUGGCCUGUGUGGCAACCGCUGUAUUUGUCAUCUCAAAAUGUCUGGUGUGUUGCUGGGAGUUUUCAAAAACAGAAAAGAAGGAAAAAAGGGAGUAGUUGUAUUGGAGGCCUGAAGCUGGGAUGCCUCACAGAUGGGACUCCCCCAGUUAAUUCCAGCAAGAAGUUGUGAUGUAAAGAUCCCUUCCUCUUAAGACAAAACAACCUCAUAAUUAACUUCUCAGAUGAAAAUUUGUUUUCAAGUGAUUUACUGUCUGUUUAAGAGUUAGAAAUACAGCAUGCCAAAGAGAAGAAGCAAAAAUUAAAUAAAAAUAAAACUA